AGGGCGUAGAAGGGGAAGAGAGCGUGAUAUCCGUGGAACCAAUCACGAUGGUUGUACCGUCGGAACUGCAGGACUCGCCGGAAGCCCUUACGCCGGAGAGUAGUGCCAGUUCAGGCCCGCGCGAGGGCUCCGGUGCUAACCCCUCUCCGUCAUCUGAAGGGUCGUCAUCAGAAGACACUGUCAGUGCAAGUAGCCCCUUGCCGAAAAGUAUGGAGGUGGCCGUAAAUGUACUCCCGGUUACGGGUUGGGAAAAUAAAACCAUAGGUGGCAGGCUGAGCAACCUUCGCAAAGCACCACAUACAUUGACAGCCGGUUUUAGGUUUAGGGCUAACCUGCAUCAUGAGGUAGCAGAUUGUUCUACCUCCAUUAGAGGGUAUAAGAGACUAGAGGAAGUGGUUAGACAGUAUCACGUUCCUAGGAUAGUUUUGUUACGAACUGGCACAAAAAAUGAAAGAGCGUGCAGUGUGUCAGCAACAGGGUGGAUACCUGUAUAUGUGGACCAUUUCGACGCCGGCCUGAGAUUCCCUUUGCCCGGGCUGCUUUUUGAUCUUCUCUCAGAGUACGAGCUGGCGCUGACACAACUAACCCCCAACAACAUAAAAUUUAUAAUAGGAUUUAUGCUGUUGUGCGCGAGGUUGCAGAUACCUGCGAAAGCCAUUGUGUUCAGGUCGCUCUUUCUAUGCUGGCUGAGUACCACGCAGACGAGGUGGUACUACAUUUCUGGGCGGGAAAAAAUGGGGAUUUUUAAAAACGUGAGGAAUAAGGUGUCUCGUUGGAAGAGACAAUUUAUCUUUGUGCGGGACACGCAAACAGAGAGGGUUAGUACCGACCUGGCAGCUCGUCUCUCUGAGUGGCGCUCAGGGCAUGCGUACAUGAACUAUCCCACAUUAACCCCAGGCGACCUAGAGCUUAAGGACAGAAUAACCAACUAUGUGAAGGGGGAGGGGUUAGUAGAUUUGGAGGACCUGGUUACCCCUGAGCUGCUCGCGUUGCGUGGGUUUGUGGAUAUCACAAACCUGUUUAGUGAAGCAUGCUGGAGAGGCAACGCGAAUGAGCUCAACGCUCACGUGGUAGGGGGACUGGGUCCAGCGCCAGGAGGCAGACACGCUUUGACGAGCUACCCCCUACGGCACCUCGCAGCUCGUUCCAGAGGCAGCAAGGCUCCAGCUCGGCCUCACGUCCACAGGUUGAAUACCGGGAGUCAAACCGGAGCGAUGCGCUCACCUGAGGCUCCUACGGUUCAGACGCGCAGCUCGACUGAGGCGCUUCCCCCACCAGCAGUUAGUGGGGGCCCCAGAAUCGCAUACCCUGAGGGUUUUAGUUAUACUAAGCCUGACUGCCAGCUCGCGAUGGUCCAGGGUAUGCAGAACUUCGUCCCACCAGUGGACCAUCAGUGCGCCAAAGGUUAUAUUCAGCAGCAUGGGAGCCACGCUGCUAUGUUGAAGAUGAUGGAUGCGCUAAGCUACUCUGUAGCGUUAUUUGAGAGCGAGCAGGCAGCUCGUAUACAAAACCGGGAGCUGGCUGACAGCUACAAGCGAUUGUCCUCAGACAAAGCGAGCUUGGAGGACGAGCUGCAAGAGGAGCUAGAUAAGGCGAAGGCUGAGAAAGAGACUGGGAUUCAGGCGGCCAUGGGUGAGGUCGUUCGUGCGGUAGAUCGCACGAAGAAGGCUGAAGCUGAAAGAGACGGCGCGCUGAGCGACCUUAACGCCCUAAGAAGGCGGGUAGCUGUGGCCGACCAGGACCUUGCGCGCGCGGAGGAGUCACUGAGGAAAGCCAAAGCUCAACACCAGCGGUGCAUUAGCAUCGCGCGAGCUCAAGGCGUGGAAUGGCUGGUAGGUGCUGACAUGUUCCAAGAUGCUGUAGCUGUGGCGUCCAUGAACACCACGACUGAGAUUUACAAUGACGUUCGUGGUAAAGUGUUGAAGCACUGUCCAGACUUUCCAAUCAAUGAGCUCGCGUUUUUUGAAGGUGAAGAGUUCGAUGCAGAGGGGAAAAGCCUCGCAGCUCCUGCUGAUACGACGGUGAGGCUCCGUUGGGAGCUAAACGAAGAGGGAUUGCCUAUAUGGCCACCGUCUAUUCUGGAAGAAGGAGAGGAGUUUGAGAACCUGCCGAGGUUCGACGCCUGGGUGGGUGACGCUCCCGUAGAAGAAGCUGAGCCUUCAAGCACUCCUCCUGCGCCUCAGCCCGUCCCUGCUGCUAUCUCUGUCCCAGCUCGUGCUGACGCAUCCGUACCAGUGGACUUAACGGAUGACUAGGCUUAGGCUUUUGUAUUUUCAAUAUCUCCUUAUUGGACACACAUUUUGUAGUUUCAUUGAUACCUCAUGUAAUUAAUUUGCAAGAAAUACAAUUUGAAAUGAAUU